CCCGGGUGCGACUACGUCCCCGCCACCGGACGCGUGCCCGACCUCCGCCGGCACAUGAACACGCACCGCGGAUAUGUCGGCCAAGGCAUGUGGGUGUGCUGCGGCCUGCCCGUGAGCGUCGCGCUCGAGCGAGAGCUGUGGGAGGACGGCGCAUCGACGGUGUAUAUGUAUAAUGGGCUUGAGAUGGUCGGCGGGUGCAUGUUCUCGUUCAGCCGUCGGGAUGCGCUCGUGCGCCAUUUGAAUAAGGGUGAUUGUGUCGGC